GAAGCUCAUUCCGUCAGAAACCUCUCACCAGUCAAGAGUCUUCCAGGUAUAUUUUUGAACAAAAGGUGCUGAUUUCCAUUUCUGUUGUUGGAGCAAUCAUCUAAGGACAUGGACACAUCAAAUCCUGCAGUUCUUGUCAAUGGGGAGCUUUUACGCAUGUAUGUAGGACGAAAGGUUCGGACAGUUAUUCAAGUUUUGCAAUCUAAUGGUGGAAUCACAACAGGAAAAUCUACAGAUGAACAUCAAUUGGUUAUUAAAGGCUCCCCACCACCCUUUCCUCUGACAAAUUUUGUUGAGGUGAUUGGAGUUGCAGACAGUAACCAAUCCAUUUGUGCUGAAAGAUGGACUAAUUUUGGUAACACAUUCGACACCUUCUCRUAUAAUCAACUAUGCCAGCUUGCAAAUGGGGAAUAUAAAAGCCUGUUCCUCUAGGAAGAUGUGUAUACUUAAAGAUGGGAUGUGCCAGCUUCUCCCCUCUCCCCCUUGACACCUUAUGGCAGUAUACAUGGUAAAGUAGCUAUUAUUAAUGAUUCUGUGUUUCUGUUUUUUUUUCUGGAGAUGGAAACUUCAAUCACUUCAAUCACCAUCACCCUAUAUGUCUUUUACUUGUAGUUUGACUAUUUUCUUUAAAAUCUAUUCUAGAGUUCUUGUAUUCAUCUAAUGUGUUUAAUCUCAGACUUGUUCUGUCUGGUAUUUUCCAGAAAUAGUCAGAUAUCUUUUCUAGAUUUCUCA